AUGUCCACUUCAACAAGUUUUGGGCCUCGUUGGCGGGUGGCCUUUUACUCGCUCGGGACCAACUUGGCGCUGUCCAACUAUGGGGCGGGCUACAUCGAUUUCAUGUGCUUGGACCGAGGCAUUCCCGCAGCGCAAGCAGCCCAGUACGGCGACCUGGCCCAGUUCCCCAUCGCUGGCCAAGCGCUGGUUCUGGCCUACAACAUCUCCACCCUCGGCUCGACCGAUCCGCUGCUGAUCCUCGAUCGGGAUACUGUCGGGCGCAUUUUUGCGGGCAACAUCUCCAUGUGGGACGACCAGGCCAUCCAAGACCUCAACCCGCUGCUGGUCGGGAAGCUGCCGCCCCUCAACAUCACCAUCGGCUAUUCCGACAAUGCGGGGAUCAGCGUGCCGGAGGUGUUCAAGCGCGCGCUGGUGUCGUUCAGCCCCCUUUUCUCGGAUGCGCUCGACGCCGCUGGUGGUCUGUUCUCGGCCAUGCCUCCGGCUCUGCGGGGCACCGGCUUUUCUGCCGGCACCAGCUCGACCAACCGCCUCACGUGGCUCAAGGCACGCACGAACGCGAUCACGUUUGUGAGCUACGCCGAUGCGGUCACGUCCGGGGUCAAGUAUGCCCAAAUGUACAAUAGGGAGAACGUCCUCGUGACGGCCUCGAGCACCACCGUGCAAUCGGCGAUGGCGGCCUUCCUGCCCGAGUUCGGCCAGAGCAACUUCACCGUCGACAUUUACGAUGCGGAGGGCACCAACAGCUGGCCUCUCGCCUUGAUGUCCUACGUUUCGCUGAAUCGCGACGUGACUGCAGUCGAUUGCAAUGUCGUGCGCGAAUUGCUCAACUUCGUCGCUUGGAUUCACACCAACGAUGGUGCCUCGCAAGCCUUGCUCGACCUCAACUUUGUUCCGCUGGACGUGACCCUGCGGAAGCGGCUGAUCGAUCUGCUCAACACGGUGGCGUGUAACAACGAGCAGGCCUACACGACGAACUACCUGGUGGGCGUUGGCCCUGCCCUGCCCCUGUACACGGGAUGGUCUGUGGCGCGCAGCUCCUCGCUGGACAACAAGGUCAAGUACUACCUCGCCUCGGCCUCCACCGAGGCCCCCGAGCAGCUGGCCUCUUACGACAGCGAUUUUGGUGCUUCGAACAGCGGAGUCAAUUCUUCGUGGUUGUCGACCAUUCCCGACCUCGCCGUCUUGCCCAUCACUGCCUAUGCCACAGUGCCUGGCUACAACAUUCCCGAACUGAAAAACCACACGCUGGUGUUCACUUUCGAGAUCCUCGCGGGGAUCUACAUGAACAACAUCACGAUGUGGGACGACUACAGGAUCAAGGCUGUCAAUACGGCCGAAGUGGCGGCGCUCCUUCCCGCCCAAGUCAUCUACGUGUGCCUGCAAUCUACGGCGUCCGAGACCACCCUCCUCUUCACGUCCGUCCUCAGUGCCGUGGUGCCCGAAUUCGCAGCAGCUGUCGGCAGUGGCUCGCUCGUUAGCUUCCCGGUUCAGGUCGGCACGGGCAAUCGCACGCAGAGUGCCGCCGAUGCUCAAGCUCUCGUGCGCGAUCUUAUCUUCACCUCCUAUGCCAUUGGCUUCGUCCGACUCGACGCCAUCAAGCUGUCGUCGAAAUACUUGGCCGCCGCCUCGUUGAGGAACCCUGCCGGCAAUGUGGUCGCGCCCAACACCACAACAGUGACGAGCGCCAUCAACGACUUCCUCUCCAAUAGCUCAUACGCCUACGAGUCCCUCGCGCUCGGUCCGGGCGCCAACAGCUGGCCGCUGGCUACCUUUGGGUCGUUCUUCUACCACCAGUCCACAAUGCAAUCUUGCGCCAAAGCCAAAGCCCUCGCCGACUUCUUCUACUGGACGCAGACCGAUUCCAAUGCGGUGUCCCUUGCCGACACGCAAGGCUACAUCUUGGCCUUGACGAUCGAGCCUGUCAGGCGGCAAUUCCUCACCCUGCUUAAGGAGUUCACCUGCGACGACGUGAGCGUGAGCAGCAUCGCGCCGUGCAUCAACGACGGCACGUUGUGCUCCGAUGCCGGCACCUGCACGGAAAACGUCGGCUGCGUAUGCAACACCGGACGCACGGGCACCUACUGCCAGGACCUCGUCGCCGACAGCAGUUCGACCAACGAGUCACUCAUCGUCGCCCUGAGUGUGGCGCUGCCGGCGGCUGCCGUGCUGUUCCUGCUGCUGGCUUGCAUCAUCCUGCUGCUCCUGUUGGUCCUGUUCAGGCGAAGGGACCGCGACGAUUGGGAGAUCCAGUACGAGGAACUCGAGGUUGGCGACGUGCUCGGCACCGGCGGCUUCGGCGAAGUAUACCGGGCGCUGUGGAAGGGUACCGAAGUGGCCGUCAAGGUCAUGGCCUCGGAGAAGGCCUCCAAGGACAUGGAGCGGAGCUUCAAGGACGAGGUGCGGGUGAUGACGGCGUUGCGGCAUCCCAACGUGGUGCUGUUCAUGGCCGCGUGCACCAAGCCUCCGAAGAUGUGUAUCGUGAUGGAGUUCAUGUCCCUGGGAUCCCUCUACGACCUGCUGCACAACGAGCUUAUUCCUGAAAUUCCUUUCGCGCUGAAGGUCAAGGUGGCCUACCAGGCCUCCAAGGGCAUGCACUUUUUGCACUCAUCGGGCAUCGUUCAUCGUGAUCUAAAGUCCCUCAAUCUUCUGCUGGAUUCCAAGUGGAACGUCAAGGUGAGUGACUUUGGUCUGACCAAGUUCAAGGAGGACAUGAAAAAGGGCGAUGCGAAGAACAUGGUGGGCAGCGUGCAUUGGACCGCGCCGGAGAUCCUCCAGGAGACCCCCGACUACACGGACAUCAUCACCAACUGCUGGCACACGGACCCCAGCGUGCGACCGACGUUCCUCGAGGUGAUGACGCGCCUCAGCGGGAUGGUGGGCGACGCCACCGGUGGCGCGUCGGCCUCGUUCACCUCGACGUCGUCCAAGGGCGGCAAGAGCAUCUACGGCUCGUCGUGGUCCGUUCCGGGCUCCUCGACCAACAGCACCAACUCGCGCGGCAGCAAGAGCUCCCAGUCGAGCAACUCGUCUCAAAGUGGCGUGGAGGGCGCCGCGGCAGCGACCGACAUGCGCCCGCCCGAGGGCGACAUCACGAUCGUCUUCACCGACAUCUCGCGCGCCGCAUCGCUGUGGGAGUUCAACCCGAUCGCCAUGCGCGACGCCACGGUGCUCCACAACGGCACCCUCCGCGGCCUGCUCAAGCGCCACCGGGGCUACGAGGAGGUCACCCGCACAUCGCUCCAAAAGCAAUCAUAA